AUGGCAGAAACUGCUCCAGCUCCCGCUGCGGCCCCAGCAAAGGCCCCUAAGAAGAAGGCGCCCCGACCCAAGAAAACUGGCCCAAGUGUGGGCGAGCUCGUCGUCAAGGCCAUCUCUGCUUCAAAAGAGAAGAAAGGAGUCUCUCUGGCUGCGCUGAAGAAAGCACUGGCGGCAGGUGGGUACGAUGUGGAGAAGAACAACGCUCGUGUCAAACUGGCCAUCAAGAGUUUGGUCACCAAGGGAACUCUGGUCCAGACUAAAGGGACCGGCGCGUCCGGCUCGUUCAAGCUGAACAAGAAACAGGCAGUGGAAAAGAAGCCGGUAAAGAAGGCAGCUCCUAAAGCCAAAAAGCCUGCAGCGAAGAAACCUGCCGCGGCAAAGAAGCCCAAGAAGGCAGCAGCCAAGAAGCCCGCGGCCGCCAAAAAGUCUCCGAAGAAAGCAGCCAAGAAGCCCGCCACACCGAAAAAGGCAACGAAGAGCCCGAAGAAAGCCAAGAAGCCCGCUGCCCCCAAGAAGGCAGCAAAGAGCCCCAAGAAAGUAAAGGCAGCGAAACCCAAGGUGGCUAAGCCUAAAGCUGCCAAACCCAAAAAGGCUGCACCCAAGAAGAAGUAAAUGUUAGCGCAUUCUGUCUUUUUCACCAUGUACAAAAAGGCUCUUUUAAGAGCCACCCAAACAAUCUGAAUGCUUUUAUUCCGUCAGUGCCUGCUGGUAGGCAGAACGAAUUUUGUUUCCGAAUACACCAUCAUACUCAGCUCCUUCUGCUUUGUUCACUAUAGCAAUUAUAUACAAGUACUAGUUAGCUCAACUUAACCCCAGCCUUGGUGGCUCAUCUAACCCCACACCCACCAUUUUGAUAGA